GCAGCAUGAAGCCCGGGCUGUUUCUCCAACUUCUGCUGUUGAUUCACUUAGCACCUCAGCGGGUGCCUGGGAGCCCCAAGCAACAUUUUAUGAGGAAUAUCUUGGAACCACCACCCUGCAGAUCGGACCCUGAAAACUGUACUCAUUUCUGUACUUUGCAGGAAGAUUGCCAUAACGGAUUUCAGUGCUGUUCUGCCUUCUGUGGGAUAGUCUCCUGUCCUCUGCAGAACGGUUCCCCUCGACUGACCAUUACUGCUCUGGAGGCCCUGGAGUUGGCUGGGAAGCUCGAGUGA